GCGGGCAACAUCGUGCGCGUCGAGGCCGACAGUCCGAUCGAGGCGGCGGCGGCCCCCUCCGACCGCCCGAUCGAGGCGGCGGCGGCGCCGGCCCCCUCGGCCGCCGGGGCGCCGCCGCCCCCGCGGCCUCCGCCAGGGCAAGCUCGGCCGCGUCGGGCGAGGCCCUCGCCGGCGAAGAGCAGCGGGGCGCCGCCCCCGAAGGUCGCCGCGAUCAUCUUCGAGCCCUCGCACGAUGGCCCCCCCGCGGCGGCCCCGGCGCCGUCGGGCCCGCCCCCGCAGGCGGCGGCCGCGCCUGAGCCAUCGGUCGCCGCGAGCACCCCGCCAGGGACGGCGGUGGGACCUCCUGCAGAUCCACUGGCAGCACCAGCCCCCUCGAACCCGCAGGCCCUCGUUCGCGCCCCGAAGCGCGGCUUCCUCCCAGCGCAGCCGAAGCCGACGCAGGCGCCAGCGGCGACGGAUCACCCCGCCUUCCUCGAUGAUCUCCGCAUGCACUGCGGGGGCCGCGGCGGCGAGGUGGAGGUCAUGGACAAGGUCAGGGUCCGCAACAAGGGGAAGAACGCUCUCAGGUGCUCGCGCUGCUCCAGCAAGAUCACGCAGCUGAGCGCCGAGUUGGGCGGGUGGCCAACGCCCGAAUUCAGCGCCCUCGACGACGAGAGCAAAAAUAAUUUCUUUGGCGGCAUCAGGGACAUCACGAGCCGAAAGGAUGUCGUCGCGCACUUCCACGAGUACAUGAAGGGCUUCGAGAAGCACCGCAAGCGGCGCCCAGGACUUGGAGAAUUAUCAGUCAAAGGCUUCGACACGGAUCGAAUCGUUCGCUUGUCGUUCCCGUGGGACAUCAAAGACCGCCGCGUCCUCGGGAAGACGUACCGCGCCCCGAUAUACUCUGCUGGCACGGCGGGCCAGAAGGGGCAGCUUCGCGAGGGCGUGGAGGAGAACAGCGGCAAGAGCCGCCGCAAGAAGAAGGGCAAUAAUGACAAGAAGGGCCACGAGAAGGACAAGGGGGACAGGGAGGCCAGGAAGAUUCGCAAUGCGAAGGAGAGCGAGAGGGAGGGAAAGAAGAUGGAAUCCCAGAGGAAGAGGGAGGGCGCGAAGAACCUGAUGGACGCGUCGGCGAUGGCGGACAAGGUAAAGCACAUGCAGACCACGCUGCAGGGCACCGCGAGCGACGCAGCGUUCGCGGGGAUGCCGCAGAGGGCCCGCGAGACCACCGAGGAGGACUGCGAGAAGACCAGCGAGAUCUUCAGCGACGUCAAGAAGAUCAUCGACGGCGACCACAACUGCGCAAGUCGUCACAUCAACAAGGAUGUCACUGUCAAGAGCAUGUUGGCAGACAUGAAGCGCAAGGCCGACGCGGCCUCGCAGCUCAUCCGCCGGGCCAGCAU